AUGAAUGCCACCGUCAAGCGCAAGUUCAAUGCGCUGCUCCAGGGCAUCGGCAGCCGGCCGUCGACCGACCGCGACAGCAGCACAGCGGAUCUCGCAUCUUCACCUGCAUCGCUGCGCUCCUCAACCUACCGAACAAUGGCCGGCGACAGCGACCUUGACCCCUACAAGAAACGCCGCGUCGGCGCACCCACGUCGACCCCUACAAAAUACAGCUCGCUACAGGACACGCCGAUGCGCUCGUCGCCCGCCAGCAUUCGGGCCGUUCCGCCGUCGACGACCAUCUCCAACAUCACGCUGCGCAAAUGGACGCCCGGGACAGCCAGCCCGGCUCCCGACGGCAACGAAGGUGCGCCGCCGCCGCCGAAGUACUGUCCCGGCGACCGCGACCAGCUGCUCCGCCGGCUGGCGACCUUCCAGGAGCUGACCGACUGGACGCCCAAGCCGGAGCGCGUCAGCGAGAUCGAGUGGGCCAAGCGCGGCUGGGUGUGCCAGGGCAAGGAGCGCGUCAGGUGCACGCUCUGCGGGAGCGAGCUGGCCGUCAAGGUCAACCGGAAGGAGGUGGACGGGAAGGAGAUCUCGGUGCUGAUCGCGUCCGAGAUCGCCGAGUCGGUGGUGGACAAGUAUGCCGAGCUGAUCAUCGAGGCGCACGCCGAGGACUGCCUGUGGAGGAAGAAGGGGUGCGAUGAUUCCCUCCUUCGCCUACCUCUGCCCAACCCCAAACUGGCCCUCCAGGGCCUCCGCCAGCGCUACGACGAGCUCAGCGAGCGCGCCGCCUUCCUGCCCUACGAAUCCAGCAUCCGCCUGCCCCCAACCCUCAACCUCGACACCGUCAUCUCCUUCCUCCCACCGACCUUCUUCACCGAUCCACCCCCUCGCCCGCCACCCUCUUCCACCGCCGACCCAUCCGCAACCCCGACAACAACAACAACCACCGCCACCGCCACCACCACCUCCCCUCCAGCAACAACACCUCAAAUCAACCGCCCCGCCCUCGCCCUUGCCCUUUGCGGCUGGCAAUCCCUCACCCACCCGCUCCUCGGCACGCCCGUGCCCAACAGCGCCUCCUGCCACACCUGCCUGCGCCGGCUCGGCCUCUGGAUGUUCCGGCCGCGCGCGCGGCCGCCGCCAUCGCCAUCGCCAUCGUCCGGCACGAGCACGAGCACGAGCACGAGCGCCGCAGCAGCAGCAGCAGCAGCGGGGCCGGAGCAGCAGCUGCUGCCCGCGCCGAUGGACCACCUCGACCCCGUGCGCGAGCACCGGUUCUUUUGCCCGUGGAAGAACCCUGCCGUGCAGCGGAAUCCGGGGAAGGGGGCUGUCGCCGGCGCAGCCAGGCGGGGGCAGGGCGGCGAAGGGGAGAGGGAGAUGGCGGCGUGGGAGGUGCUGGUUGUUGGGCUGAGGAACGAGGCAUUUAUCCGGGAUGGGAGAGCGGCGGUGGGGCAUGGGCGGAGCAAGAGCAGCGUGCCUGCUUCUUCUUCUUCUUCCGUUCCUUCUGGGGGUGGGCUUGGGACGGAGUUGGCGGGGUCAGAUCAGGUGCCGAAGACGCCUGAGCGGCCUGUUACUAUGGGCGGCGUGCCGAGGAUCCUGGUUGGGGAUGGCGGCGGUGGUGGUGGUGGUGGCGGUGGUACUACGGAAGACGAGCAGGGGGGUAGACAAGGUGCGGAAGAGGAUGUGGACGAUGAGGAGGCGCGGAAGAAGAAGGAUGUCGACAUGAUGGCGCGGCUGCGGCGGGUCAAGAGCCUGUUUAAUACCAAGGCGGGCAGCAGGCUGAAGAAGCUGGGCGGGAGCAGGCCAGGCACGUCGCAUUCUAAUAGGGGCGCGGAGUAG